AAACUCAACAUAAACAAUAUGGCGGUCGAUAUUUUACAAAUAUUUUAAUUUUUGGAUUUCAAAGGUGAUUUACAUGUCCUUAUGAGGGUGUAUAACUUUCAAAUUUAAUAAAGAUGAAUGUUGAAGAGGACUUCGACGACGAUACGAUAUCAGCUUACACCGAGGCGAGGGAGAAAGUCACAAAGAACUGGCUGUCUCCUGCUAGUGUGUCCCUGCAGAAGCUAGAUCAAGUGAAGCCUGCACUCUAUAAUGUAGGUCUAGCUGACCCCAAGGAACUCAAGGCCACAGUGACGCGAACAGCCAGAGCUGUGAUUCGCAGCGAUAUAGACACUCAGCCUCCAUUGUCUAAUUUAAUCUCACAGAAAACACAUUCUGCUUGGGGUAGCAACAAUUCAAUACCUGAAUUGAUCAAACUUCACAAUAGGAAACCUAAACGUCCUGAAAGUGCGAAACAAGCUCGGCCAGGGAGGCCACCUAGUGGUAAACGUAGGAGACCCCAAAGUGCAAAAGAUGCACUGUCGCCACCUAGUGCAGCUGGAUCUGAAGAUACUGAUCUUGCCACAGCAAAUAUAGGAGGAGUGACUGGUGCCAAGUAUGAGAGCAGCGAUCGUCCUCCUAAAGGCAGUAAUUAUGCUACAGGGGUAGGCUGGGUAGGAGGGCCAGACCCUGGCAUCAAAUAUGAUCUCUCAAGAGAGGAUGCUGGCAAUGCUCUUGAUGACUUCAUAAAAGGACAGAUGAAUGGCAAGAAAUAUGACAUGGGUAAACUAUCAGCAGCCUAUGUGGGCGAGGACAAUGUGUCACCCCCUCCACCCCCACCCCGUGGCUCUCCUGACUUGAUGCAUAUGAUAGGGGAGGGGGAUCAGUCUCAAUCCACUCCCACACCAAUAAAGCUGGACUUUGCUAUUCCUACUGUAGAGAUGUUUGACCCUGAUGAACUCAUCACAGAAAGAUCUGUGAACUCUCCAAGAAAUUCAGCUAGAACUUUACGAUCUUCUCGUGACGACCAAGUGACCGCCUCAACAAAAACAGGAUUUAGUUUUGUACAAGGAAAUAUCAAACUGCCGUCCACAAUUCUUAACCAGCCAUUAAAUGUGGAGAGUGAUUAUAACCAAUCAAAUAAUAAUGAGGAUUUUGAUGUCGUGAUGUUUGACGAUGAUGAAGUUGUGAGUCAAAUGAAGGUGAAAUCUGAUGCAGUAAAUGGAGAUUUUGAGGAACAGGAAAAUUAUGUAAAUUCACAUAAUGAUCAUGAUGAAUUAUUUAAUGAUCAAAAUAAAUUAAGAAGUAGUUUGACAGGUUCAUUACCAAGGCCAAAACCACCAUUAAAUGUGACGUUUGAUGAAGAAAAAAAUGAAACUGUAAAUAUUACCCCCAGGAAUUCUGGCUAUAAGCCACAUAUACGAACGAAAAGUGCAAAAUCAACAGAUGAGAAUAAAAGUAAGACUAAAUUUGAAGAAGAAAAGACUUUGGACGAUAUCUCUGGAGCAUUGGUCAUUGUAGACUCGGAGCAAUCGUCAUCUGGAAUGUCAUAUGCCAAGAAAACUGCCCCUGUUGCUAUGGUUUCAGUAGCCUAUGAUGAUGAUGAAGAGGAAAAACAAAAAUCCUCCAAAAAGAAAAAGAAAUCCAAACCAGUGGAAACCGCAAUGUCUUGUUUAGAUGAAAAUGAACAGAAAAUGUCCGAAGCAGAAUUAGAGAUUCUUCGAGCCAAAGCUGGUUCACCAACUAAGGUUAUCUCAACUGAUGUGAAUAAGAAUUAUUUUGAAGUUGCAAUGGAUAAGAAAUUAGAAAAACAAAAAGAUUUAAGCAAUGGAAAGGAGAAUCAAAAGACUUAUGUCACUAAAACUUUUCAAUUAGCUGGAGAAGGUCUUGGAUUGGAAGAGCUUGACAGAAGCGUUAGUGCCUUAGGGGGAUUAGUCAAACAAGUGGAACAGCCUGAUAGAGGACGAUAUAAGGCUGUUCCAGUAAAGCGCCCUAUAAGUGCUCAAAAGAGACAGCCAAAUACAAAACCAGAUGAACAGGUGCCACAAGAUAGAGGGCGUAUUAUGCAUGUACCAAUAAAACGUCCUACAAGUGCAAAGAAAAAGGUGCUAAGGUCAAGUAGUCCCCCACCAAGGCCUGGAUCAAGACUUGGUCAUGUCCCUAUGGCUCCUGACACUGCUCCUGACCACACCCCCAAGUCUCCAGACCUCCUUCAAAAUGAACAUGAUGACUCUGUAGAUGAUCAAAUCAUUGCAGAUGCCAGCAGCGGUGAAGACAGUGAGAGAGAAACAGCUAAUAAUAGGAUCAGAUCCAAGCCAAAAACAUACCAAAUAAAGAAUAAGCGGAAACCUCUUACAGCGGGGCAUGAGAGGCCAACCAAGAAUUUCACGAGCCCUCGAGGAAAUUCUAAGCCGCCAAAACAUGUGUCAAUACAACAAGGAAGUCCAAAAGAUACUAAAACUGCUGUGGAAGUAUAUGGGUCAGCCCCACCUGGAGUUCCAGCGCCAUCUAAGACCACAUCAAAGGAUGCAUUGCGAGCAAACAAAGCUGUAAAAGCAUUACUGGAACCAAAGACAUUUGGAACUCAAGCUAUACUGAAUUAUCAAAGCACUACACCAAGGGAUGUGAUAAAACGGCAGAUGAGCAACUUGCAGGCUCUCCCUACACCUGCCCCUGUCUACAUCACUACAAGGAAAGAGGAAGUGGAGAUAGAAGGGCCAGGUCUCCAGGAAUGCAGGGACAUUAGAGACAGAUUCUUUGAGAAGGGACUUGACAUCGACAUGAGAGCAGUAAAGAGGGCUUUAUUGCCACCUUCAGAGCAGGUGUUUGACACAAGAAUUGAUGGCCUGCCACCGCAAGGAGGAGGCUCAGGGUUGUUGAGUCGCCCAGAAGUGUGGUUAGCAGAUGAGUUCCAUCGUCUCAAGUUGGCCAAUAAGGCAGUUGCUCAGGCAGAGGCGAGAUGGAAGCAACAAUGUCUAGAAGAACAACAAGAAUUACUUGGUCAACGUAAAACUACAUCUGCCAAAAAACGAAGACCAAAAAGUACAUCGGGAAAAGUUGGGAAGAAACACACACGAAGUUCUUCCUCUGUUACUUGAAAUUGAGAUCAAAAUUACGAUACUGUACAUUGUAUCAUUGUCUCUUGUCAUCUCUUUCACUGGCAGUCACAGGUGUCAAAA